UUAGUGUUCCUUAUUCCGCAGAUGACUGCACGUCACUUGGUCACUCGGUUUGUUUAUUUGUCAGGGUCACAACUGCUGCCGCUGUGCCUUUGGGCGAUGUACAGGUGGGUGUGAGCUGCCUUAGCCCAUCCUCCCUCCCUCCACCCAGGCUUUUCAGCUGCACCUCGCUCUGCUAGAGAAGCAGAAGGUCCUUCAGGCAGGGAGCUGCCUGAGCAGGAGAGCAAUGACAAUCUUUGAAAACUGUGUGUUCUUUAUUAAAGUGAAGUACUUACCCAUUCAGAAGAGGAACAGCCUGAAAGCAUGCAUAAAAGAAAAUGGUGGAGUAAUUAAUUUUGUGCUUAAUAACAAAUGUACACAUGUUCUUGUGGAUAAUGCCAAUGUCCUCAGUCGUCAUGAUCUAAAAAUUACUCAGAAAUAUCAGCUGCCUGUUUUAUAUGUAGAUUUUGUUUGGAAAUCAGUUGAAAAUGGGAAGCUUUUAAUAACUGAUACAUUUGAGGUUAAUACAUCACAAGGCAACAUUUCUAACCAAUGGCCAGGUGGACAUGGUUCGGAAGACUUGUCAUCUUCUGAAAAUAAAAUUGCCACAAAUCAAAAUGAAAGCAAUGAUACCAAUCUUACUGUUAGUAGGAGAAAGUGACAAGAGAAUUGAAUUCGAAGUGGGGACUCUCAGAUUUUACAGUGAAAAUGCUCCUUUUUUUCCUCAAGAUUUUGAAGUUGCAAAAUACAAUGUCCUUGAAAAAAUUAAUUCCAAGGGAAGCAAGGAUUUUGUAGUUAUUGAGUUACAUUGUUCUCAAGAACAGUCUGAGUUUCUAUUUCGAUUAUAUGCACACUUCAGUGCUUCAAAUGGAACCAAGAAAAAUAAACAAUUCCUAAUAAAUAAGACUGCUGAAGAAAUAAGAGAAAAUUAUGAUAUUCUUGUUGCAAACCUGAAGAGCCAGGAUUUCCUGCUCAGAGAAACUUUUCCACCAGAAGCAGAAUGUUUAGCUUCUACAGAAUUACAAAAGUUACUUUUAGAAGAAUCCAUCAAUUCAAGUACUGUAUGUCAACAAGUUAGUGAUUUUGUGGAGUUGAUCUGGGCAGAAGCUCUUGGCCACCUGGAUAGUCUACUACUUGAAUCAGUGAACAACAUCAGCCUAAAUGAUGUGAGCAAAGCAGAAGGUAUUUUGCUUCAGGUAAAGAAUGCACUCAAUGAGGGAGCUGAUGAGGCAGCACUGCAAGAGAUGAUGAUGGAAUUCUAUCAACUUAUACGUCACAAAACUGAAAUAGACUAUGAAGUUUCCAAAAGGCUGUUAUCUACAAAACAGGACCUGUGCCAGCUCAUGCGAGACAUGCUUAAUGUACGGGAAACAAGUAUAUCAUGCCCAAACCCAUCAUCUCUGGCCAAGUACCAGGCCCUGAGGUGCAAGAUUGAUGCCAUUGGUCCAAUAAGUGAUGAAUUUCUCAAUGUUGAACGACAAGUGUUGAAAAACAAUUAUAAUGGCUGUUCAGUGAGAAUUUUACAAGUAUAUAGGAUUGGCAGAGUAAGUGAAACAGCAGAAUUUAUGAGCAGUCUUGGAAAUGUUCGAUCUUUAUUCCAUGCAUCAUCUGUAAGGAAUUUCAUGGGAAUUCUUUCCAGAGGACUCCUAAUGCCAAAAGUGGUUGUUGAAGAUCAUGGUGUGGAAAGAACUGACACUGGGAAUCUGGGAAGUGGCAUUUACUUCAGUGAUUCUGUCAGUGCCAGUAUUAAGUAUUCUUCACCCAGUGAAAUGGAUGGAACCCGACUCCUGGCAGUUUGUGAUGUGGCACUUGGAUCCUGCUUAGAUUUGUAUGAACGAGAUUUUUCAUUAACUGCUGCCCCAUCAGGUUACAACAGCGUGCACGGAGUCCGCAAAACAGCAGGCAUCUCUUCAGACUUUGAGGAUGAUGAAUUUGUUGUGUAUAAAACCACACAGGUUAAAAUUAGAUAUGUUGUUAAGUUUUGCCUUGCUGAAGAUGAAAUAAAACUGUUCCAGCCUGGAAUUGGGGUGGAAACUGAGCAAGAUAACACUGAGUUGGAAUCACAGUGUCAUUCACAGAAUGAGAGCUAUGAAUUACCCAGUGCAAAUAUUUCAAAUACAGUGAAAACUGGUCUUCAAGACAGACUGGGAAAUCCCAUUCCUCUGGAAAGUGUUCAUAUCAAGGCAAGGAUAAUAGACUUUGUAGCACAGGUAAAGUAUGCUAUGCAUUGUCUCUUUCCAUGUCAGACCUGAAAAAUUAUUUCAGUUCUUAAAUAGUGU